AGUCCAGCGUGACAUUCCGCAGUUGGGCCGGCAGUUCUACCUAUUGCCUAUCAAGAAGGAAGCCGCAGCAAACCCUUGGUCACGCCAACUCCUCCUCUAUUAUACUGGUUGAUGAGCAGAUCCCUGCGAUCAAGCUUGAAGAAGACAAGGAUUGGAGAUCGAUGUCGGAUCCGCUCGAUGCUCUGAGAGCUUUAAUGGCUUCUCACUCCCCGCCUCUAGACGCCCUCGUUGUACCUUCCGAGGACAAUCACCAGAGUGAAUACGUCUCUGCGCGGGACAAGCGGAGGGCUUUUGUUUCUGGAUUUACUGGUAGUGCUGGUUUGGCUCUUAUAACAAUAAAUGAAGCCUUUCUUUGGACCGAUGGACGAUAUUUCUUGCAAGCAACACAACAAUUGAGUAUUAGAUGGAAACUUAUGCGAAUUGGAGAAGACCCAACUGUUGAAAAUUGGAUUGCUGAAAACCUGCCAAACAAUGCUGCUAUUGGAACAGAUCCAUGGUGUGUUUCUGCAGAAACAUCUCAGAGAUGGGAGCUGGCUUUCUUGAAGAAGAAUCAAAAGUUAAUUCAGUUAUCCACUAAUAUGGUGGAUUUAGUAUGGAAGGACCGUCCUCCUGCUGAAAUUCGACCUAUUAACAUAUACCCUUUGGAAUUUGCUGGUUGUACUGUAGCAGAUAAAUUAAAAAAUCUGAGAGAAAAGUUAUUACACGAAAAAUCUUUUGGUAUUAUCAUCACUGCCCUUGAUGAGGUUGCUUGGUUAUACAAUAUUCGUGGUAGUGAUGUCGAUUACUCUCCAGUUGUUCAUGCAUAUGCUGUUGUAACUUUGGACUCAGCGUUCUUUUAUGCUGAUAAGAGAAAAGUUUCUUCAGAGGUACAUCAGUAUAUGCUAGAAAAUGGAAUUAAUGUGCGGGAUUAUGACAUUGUUGCCUCUGAUGUAAGCUUACUUGCAUCUGGACAACUAACAACAAGUUUAUCUGGAGCUAAAUCCCAUGAAGCUAGCAGAGAUGCUAGUAAUGUUCAAGCAAAGGAUGACAAUGCCGAGGAAGAGAUGAAAAAUAAUGUCAUAUGGAUUGAUCAUUUCUCAUGCAACCUUGCUCUUUUCUCAAAAUUGUACCCUAAUCAAGUUUUAAUGCAGCAAUCACCUUUGGCCCUGGCAAAAGCUAUUAAGAAUCCAACUGAACUGGAUGGUUUAAGAAAGGCACAUAUUCGUGAUGGUGCAGCUGUUGUCCAAUAUCUUGUUUGGCUGGAUAUCCAGAUGCAAGAGACCUUUGGAGCUUCCGGCUACUUCAGUGAGCAAGAGGGGAAAAGCAAGAAAAAACAUUCAGAAAUGAUGAAGUUAACAGAGGUAUCUGUAAGCGAUAAAUUAGAAAGCUUCCGUGCAAAACAAGAGAACUUUAAAGGGCUGAGUUUUCCGACCAUUUCAUCUGUUGGUCCAAAUGCAGCAGUUAUUCACUACUCUCCACAUGCUGAUACAUGUUCUGAACUCGAUGCUGAUAGCAUUUAUCUAUUUGAUUCUGGUGCACAGUAUCUAGAUGGGACAACUGAUAUAACCAGGACUGUGCAUUUUGGCAAACCUUCUGCUCAUGAAAAAUCAUGCUAUACUGCAGUCCUCAAAGGUCAUAUUGCCUUGGAUAUUGCAAGAUUUCCCAAUGGUACUACUGGACAUGCUCUGGAUAUUCUUGCUCGAAUUGCUUUAUGGAAGUAUGGUCUUGAUUAUCGACAUGGGACUGGACAUGGAAUUGGAUCUUACCUUAAUGUUCAUGAAGGUCCACAUCUAAUAAGUUUCAGGCCCCAUGCAAGAAAUGUGGCGCUACAAGCAUCAAUGACUGUGACUGAUGAACCUGGCUAUUAUGAAGAUGGAAACUUUGGUGUUAGAUUGGAGAAUGUUCUUAUAGUCAAGCAAGCAAAAACUUCAUUCAACUUUGGUGAAAAAGGAUAUCUAGAGUUUGAGCACAUAACUUGGGCACCAUACCAAAAGAAACUUAUUGAUUCAGCUUUGCUGACCCCAGAAGAAAUUGAAUGGUUAAAUUGCUACCACUUAGAUUGUAGAGAAAUACUGGCACCAUACUUGAAUGAGCAGGAAUCAGAAUGGCUUAAGAAAGCAACUGAGCCCAUCGGUGUAUGCGGUUAAAGCUGCUCAAGUCUUAUUACUAUCCCAUGUUGUGAACCCUUUUUUCUUUUCAUUAGCAACCUCCGAAGUAUUUAAAACUUUCUUGUUUCUCUAACAGUCUUAUUUGCCACAGAAUAAAGAGAAUACAUGUGCAUAAAUUAUAUAUUUGAAGGUAGGCAGGUGGUACGUCUCGUCUCCCUGCUUUCUUGGAUUAUAAGGUGAACAUGUUACCAUCUAAUCAGUGGUGGUUGUGUCAAGGAUUUUCAUGGAUAAAUUGACAUUUGCUUCAUUAA